AUGAGCACCCAGACGCAAACAGAGACAAUCGUGCUACAGACAAGAGCUUCCACCGAAGCAAUUUCAGCCGAGAAUGACACAGACCGAAGACCCUCAGAACCAAAAUGGGUGUAUGCCAAAAUCCUCAGCGCAGGAUUAUCCUUUUUCGUCGCGGGGGUCAACGACGGAAGUCUAGGAUCGAUCAUUCCCUACGUUAUACGCACCUACGACAUCGGUACAAACAUGGUAGCCGUCCUAUACGGCACAACCUUCAUAGGCUGGCUAGUCGCCGCCCUAACCAACAGCAAAAUAACCCAAUACCUAGAUCUAGGCCCAAUCCUCAGCCUAGGCGCCGCCAUCCAAGUCCUAGCCCAAGUACUGCGUGUCUGGGAACCCCCAUUCGCAUUGUUCGCCGUAACAUUCUUCCUCGCCAGCUUGGGCCAAGCCUACAAUGACACCCAUGCCAACACCUUCGUCUCGGCGCUGAACGGCGCGCACCGCUGGCUCGGCUUUAUCCACGCUAUGUACAUGGCUGGAUGUCUGGUUGGCCCGUUUGUAGCGACGGGCGUGGCAUCCGCAAAUGCCGAUUCGAAGUGGUAUCUGUUCUAUCUUUUCCCUCUUGGCAUCGGUGUAGUGAAUCUUGCGUUUGUGAGUGGUUCUUUCCGGGAUCGCAUGGCUGCUCCGACUACCUUGAGGGUGGAGAGAGGGGGCACGACUGGUCCGAAUUCUGCGCUCAAGGAGAUUAAGGAUACGCUUUCUACUCCUGGGGUUUGGCUGCUGAGUUUGUUUUUCUUUUUCUUUCUUGGUGCUUCUAUUACCGCUGGAGGAUGGAUGGUCGAAUAUCUUGUCAACGUCCGCAACGCCGACGUCAAAGAAAUGGGUUACGUCCCAGCUGGCUUCUACGGCGGCGCCUUUCUAGGACGUCUUAUCCUCGCCGAGCCUACACAUAGACUCGGCGAGCGUCGGAUGAUCUUCUUUUACGCUUUGCUGUGUGUGGGGUUGCAAUUGGUAUUCUGGCUCGUCCCGAAUAUCAUCACCGAGGCAGUAGCAGUCAGUCUACUGGGAUUCUUCUCUGGUCCUUUCUUUGCAACAGGUAUAUCGGUCGGCUCAAAGAUAUUAUCACCAGAAAUCCGCUCUUCGGCAAUCGCAUUUGUCUUCGUACUCGGUCAAAUCGGCGGAUCGGUCUUUCCCGCUUUGACGGGCAUCAUCGCAGGAAAGGUGGGUGUCCAGGUCCUGCAGCCCAUGCUUGUUGGUUUGCUCAGUGCCGCUGGCGUGAGCUGGUUAAUCUUGCCUAAGGAUACCGCCUUACAUCAGGAUUGA